AUGUCUGGCCAACCAGUUUCACACGGACGUGGCGGUGCUGCCAACAUUCGUCCUGACGAUACGCCCUACAUAGACGGCGAAAUAGUCCGCGAGGGCCUCGUGGGCGAUCAAGGCGACGGAAAGUAUAGCGCUGGCCGUGGGGGUCAAGGAAACAUCACCGGUGAGCCGGUCAAGGCUCCCCACGCGCCACACGACAGCGACAUGGUGCCUGAAACCGCGAUGCGCGUUGAGAAGGAGGAGAGCCACCAUUUCGGCCGUGGCGGUGCUGGUAACGAGGCGCAUGUCCAUGAGAAGAAAGAAGGGGCAAGUUUGAUUGACAAGGCUAAGCACGCUCUGCAUAUGGACAAGAAAUAA